GAUUAUUACUUAAUUAUCAUCUUUUUGGACAGAAAAAUCCUAAAGUUGACAAUGGCAGAUUGUGUGAAAAAAUUUUUUUCACCACGUUUAUUGGAUUAUAUUGUUAUUGUUGGUACACGAACACCAUCAUCAACACAAUCAGUACAGCUACCAGAAUUAUUACGUCGUUAUCCACCUGAAGAUCAUAAAGAUUUUCCAUUAUCACCGGAUGUUGUAUUUUUUUGUCAACCAGAAGGUUGUAUUAAUACGGAUAUAAGACGUUUAUCACAAAGGGAUACAAAUUCAUUUGUAUUUGCAUUAACCGAAAAAGAUACAUCACGUGUACGUUAUGGUAUUUGUAUGAAUUUUUAUAGAAAUUUUGAUCUACAUACACCACGUUGUUCAAAAUCGGGUGAUGAUAAUGAUAAUGAUAAUGGUAAUGGUUGUGGUAAACAAACUACUGGAAGUAGUAAAACCAAACAAAGAUGCCUUUCACUAAUAUCAUUAUGUAUUAUAUCACAUCAUCCAUUUUUUUCAACAUUUCGUGAAUGUUUAACAAUAUUAAGAAAAAUGAUUUUUAUGUUUAGCCAAAGAAAUAGAGAUAAAAAACAUCGAAGAGAUCUUGUAUGGACAUUAUUAACAACAAAAUUUGAACCAGAUUUUACAAAAAUAUUACCCGAAAAUAUUUUAAAUGAUGUUUGUGAAAUUGAAACAUGGUGUUUACGUUUAUUAAGUUCACCAGUACCUGUACCGGGUAAAACAAAAGUUGAAUUAGAAAUAUUGGAUCAAGAAAUUCAUCAACCAUUAAUAUUAGCAUUACCUGAUCAUACAAGAUUUUCAUUAAUAGAUUUUCCAUUACAUUUACCAUUAGAAUUAUUAGGUGUUGAAACUUGUUUAAAAGUAAUAACAAUGAUUAUGAUGGAACAUAAAAUUGUUAUACAAUCAAGAGAUUAUAAUGCCCUAUCAAUGUCAGUUAUGGCAUUUGUUACAAUUAUUUAUCCAUUUGAAUAUAUGUUUCCUGUGAUACCAUUAUUGCCAACAUGUAUGAAUUCAGCUGAACAGUUAUUAUUGGCACCAACUCCAUUCAUAAUAGGUGUUCCAUCAUCAUUUUUAUUAUAUAAAAGAAAUUUCAAAUUACCCGAUGAUGUUUGGUUAGUUGAUUUGGAUACAAAUAAAAUAAUUAAACCAACUGCUGCUGAUGAUCUACCACCAUUACCUGAACCAGAAGGUAGUACAUUGAAAAAUCAUUUUAAACAAGUUCUUGCAUCAAUGUCAAUAACAAAUCCGGCUCAAUUAAAACAACAAUCAAUAACAAGCAAUAAUUCCAUACAACAACAACAACAACAAACCGGUUCAAAUCGCAUAUUUGAUCCAUUAUCAUUUGGUAAUGAUGUUGAUUCGGUUGAUAUUGCUGCCCGUAUAGCAAUGGUUAAAUUUUUCAAUUCAAAUGGUUUAUUAUUGAAUUUUUCUGAAUAUACACGAACAAUACGUUUAUUUCCAAGACCUGUUGUUGCCUUUCAAAUCAAUUCAUUUCUACAUUCACGUCCUAAAUCAUCUGUCUUCCUAACUAAAUUUGUUCAAACUCAGGCUGUUGAAUUUUUUGCCGAAUGGUCAUUAUGUCCUGAUAAUGUUGCCUUUAUUCGUGUUCAAAAUGGUGUUUAUGAUCCAGCGAUUAUCGGUGAUAAAGCUAAAUGGUAUAGCUUUCAAUUGGAUACAAUAAAUUUUCGUGUUUGCAGUAAUGUUAAUUGUAAAUUGACAAAAAUUUUUAAAGAAUUUUUGGAAAAAGAAUUACAAGAUAGUGAUGAUGAUGAUGAUGAUGAUGACGAUGAUGAUGAUGACGAUGAUAAUGCAAAUGAUGAUGAUGAUAGUAUUGAUGAACCAAGUACAUCAUCAUCAUAUUCAUCAUUGAAUGAAUUUGUUGAACAAAUGUGUAAUGCAAAUCGUAUCAAUUCCGAGUAUUUAAAUACAUUAAGAGAUCCAUCAAAUUCAAGUUUUACAUUAUGUGAUACAAGUUUAAUAUUUCAUCCACCUGAAUCAAUACAAUUAACAUCAAUACCUGAAGAUAAUUAUUAUGAUAAAAUAGAUAAUAAUGAUUCGAAUGUUGAUAUUGUUCCAAUAAUAACUGCACGAACAAAAAUUCGUAGAAAAUCUUCCAUACAACAACAAUCAAUACAACAACCAGAAAUACAUAAAUCAUCAUCAUCAUCAUCGAAUUCAGAUUCAGAUGAUGAUGAUCAACAACAUGAAUUUAAAACAACCACAUUAUAUGAAAAAACAAACAUCACUUUACCGGAUUUAAAUCAAAUAACAUCAAAUUUAAAUAAAGUAACAAGUGAAAGUACUGAAACAAUGGAACCAAUUACCGAAAUUAGUCGUAGUUCAACACCAAAAGCAUUAGAAAAUAUUAGCUAUGCAUCAAGUUCAUCAAUACCAAACAUAUCACCAUCAAAUUCAUUGGAUAAAUCAUCCGGUACAUCAACACCAACAUUAACAAAAGCUAUAUCAAUAUCAUCAGUAUUUUCACGUUCACAAUCACAAACACAUCGUGAUUCAAUAUCGGGUGGUCAUUCAAUUCUAGAUCGUUUAACAAAUGAAGCAAAAGAUAUGGCACGUGAAGCAAAAGCGGUGGCAAAAGAAGUUGUAGCAAAACCAGCUGCACAAGCUGGUAAGAAAAAAUUCUUAGCUAAAUUACAAGAUUUUGGUGAACCAAUGAAAGGACAGGCAAAAGAAUUUUGGCGUCAUUCAAAAGAAGAAAAUGAACAACAACAUCAUCAUCAUCAUCAUCAACAACAACAACAUACACCACAAUCAACAAAUGUAGAUAAUUUUGGACUUCCAUUAUCAUCAUCAUCAUCAUCAAUCAUAUCAUCAAUGUCAAAUGAUUUUAAUGGUCUUGCCGAUAAAACAGCCGGUAUGUUAUCGGGUUUUUUUAGCAAAUCAAAUCUGGCCAAAGUAAAAGAACGUACACAACCAUUUGGACCAUUUCCAAAAGGUAAAAAAGGUUUGAUUGAAAAAUCAAAUUUAAUUCGUCAUACAUCAGGCCAACAACAACAAUCGAUUGAACAAAAAAAUCAAAAUCAUAGUGAUAAUCAAAUAUUCUUAAAAGAUUCAAUAAAUUCAGUAUUGGAUGGUGAAGGUAUUGGUUGGUUAAAAUUAUCAAGAUUAAAAAAAUUAAUGGAAGAUGAACAAUAUCGUUCAUUAGUAAUACAAUUAUUAAAUAAAGCUGUACCGAGAAAAAUUGGCCCUGAUGAUCAUAUUGAAGAUGUACAAAUACCACGUAAUGUUUGGAAAGGAUUACUGAAAAUUCUGAAUGCAAUGAUUUAUGGUUUAGAACAAAAUUAUUUUCAUCAUCCAUCCAGUAAUAAUAAUAAUAGCGGUAGUGGUGGUAUGGCAAGUACAUUUGCAAUAUUAGAAAUUGCACAUACACAUUAUUGGGUUAAAGAAAUGACAGCGGAAGAAAAAUCAUCAAUAGCAGCAACAACGGCAACUUGUUCACAACGUUCAACACCAUUUGGUUCGAAUGAAAAUCUUUCAAAAUCGAUUAAUAUUGAACAACAACAACAACAACAACAACCAUCACCUGAAUUACAAUCCGAAACAAAAGGAACAAUAAUAUCAAAAUCAAAUGAACAACAACAACAACAAACAACACCAAAUUGGAAACGUAAUCUAAUGUUAAAUCAAUUAAUUUCAUUUGAAUCGGAUGUAUUAAGUGAUGCAUCACCGUCAUGCAAUGUCUCUGAUGCCGGAUCAUUGACGGUAAAUCCUAUUUUUGGCACGAAAUUAUUCAACAGCAAUUCUUUUCGUUCUACCUGUUCUGACACUGAUAUAGAAGGAUUACAACAAGGUCGACAAUCACGUACAUCAAGUGUAUGGAGUAGUAAAUCAUCAAUAUCGGCUGGUUUUCGUUAUCAUGGUGGUGCAUUAAUCGGUUCAAUACCGAUGGAAAUUCAACGAUAUUAUCUAUUUGAAGGUAUUAUUGGUAAUAAUCGUUCAAAUCUAUGGGAUCAGAUGCAAUUUUGGGAAGAUGUAUUUUUGGAUGCUGUUUCACAAGAACGUGAUCUGAUCGGUAUGGAUCAAGGUCCAGGUGAAAUGAUGAGUAGAUAUCAUACAUUAUCGGAAAUUGAUAAAAAACGUUUAGAACAUGAAGAGGAUCGUUUAUUAGCAACAUUUUUAUAUAAUAUGACUGCAUUUAUGAUUAUGGUCAAUAUUGAUCGUACCGAAAUUAAACGUAAAUGUCGUCGUUUAUUGGGUAAAUGUCAUAUUGGUCUUGUUUAUUCAGCCGAAAUUAAUGAAGUAUUAGAUCAAAUUGAUUACUUACAUGGUAAUGAUAUUGAUUUAAAACCAUUAUCAACAAGACAAAUACAUCGGCAAACAUUUACUGUACAUAUGGGUACUGAUUCAUUGGGUGAUAUGAUGUUCAUGGAGGUACGUGAUGAUGGCCUCAUAUUACGUUCAAUAAAUGGUAUUAUUAUUGAACGUUGGUGGUAUGAACGUUUAGUCAAUAUGACUUAUUCGCCCAAAAAUAAAGUAUUAUGUUUGUGGCGCCGUAAUGGUGCCCAUACACAAUUACAUAAAUAUUAUACACGUAAAUGUAAAGAUCUUUAUUAUUGUAUUAAAGAAUCAAUGGAACGUGCUGUACAAAAUGGUACAGGUACAUUGCCAGGUACUGAACUUGGUGGUGAAUUUCCAAUACAAGAUAUGAAAAGUGGUGAAGGUGGCCUAUUACAAGUUUGUAUGGAAGGCGUUGGUUUAUUAUUUGCCAAUAGUAAGUUUUUCAUUCGUUUGGAAAACAUACGAAAAUGUUUUACACAAAAAGGUGGAAUAUUUAUCAUCGAAGAAUUCAAUCCUAAAACAAGACAAACAAUUCAACGAAAAUAUCGUUCACAAAUGGCCGAUCAAAUAUGUUAUGCUGUACUUUGUGUUUUUAGCUAUAUUGCUGCUGGUCUUGAACAACAUAAACGUCAACAACAACAACAACAUCAACAUCAUCAACUACAUGGAAAAAUGGAUACAAAAAAUCUUUGUCCAACAAAUAUUCAACGAUCAUCAUCAUCAUCAUCAUCGACAGCAACAACAACAAUAACAACAACAACAACAACAUCAUCAUCAUCAUCAACAGUAAUCAGUGCAAUACUUGUUCCACAAUCUCAACAACAACAACAAUCAUCAAACUGAACAAAAA